AUGAACUGGAUUUCGAAGAAAUUAAGAGCAGGUGUUCAAGAGAUCAGAGAGCGAACAGGUAAUGGCGUCACUCAGGCGGAAGAUAUAGGAGCAUUAGUGGAUGAAAAUUUAUUCGAAAGAGACAUUCUGCUUGCCACGAAGAAGCUCGCUUCUUCAUCCAACAUUUCCGAAAGAACACAAGCCGUUAAAGACCUGGGACAUUUGUCUUGGUCAGGAGGUUCGUCCGCGGCUGCGUUUUCCGGAAACCAAUUCGUCAAUUUACUCAGUCUGUUAAAUAAUCCAAACGAGCCUGCUGCCCUGAAAAUGCUCACGGUUCAUGCAAUAGGUGAAAUAUGUUGUGCAAACAAAGAAAAUCAGGAUAAGGCAAGAAUGUAUGGUCUUGUUGAGAAACUUACUGAGUUUCUAAGCACCACAGACAGUGCUCCAGACUUUUCUGCUCUGAGACGUUCUACGGCUGCUUGCCUGCUGACCCUCGUGUGUGAAAAUCUGGAGAAUCAGAAGGCUCUCCUUCGCACAGACAAGCUACAAAUGAUGCACGUUCUCGAUGGGCAAAGAUGA